GAAUUUCCUGGGUCAGGUGCUGCUUCCAUUGUGAGCCGGGGCCGGCGGGCAGAGACCGGCUCUAACCCUCCGCUCUGCCCCGGGCUCGGCCCGCACCAGCCCCCGAGCCGGAGCCCGCAGGUGAUGGGGGGACCCGGGGGAAAGGGCCGGGGCCGGGCAGGACAGUGACUCUGCAGAAGCGGCCCCGUCUGUGCUCCCCGCGUGUCUGCGAGUCCCAGAGCUCACCCACCCCCAGGGAGAGGCGCAGGCUCUCACUCCGGUUAGCGCUCACCGUAGUUGAUCCGGAUCCGAUCCGGAUCCGAUCCAGAUCUUUCAGGCGGAGGAAGAAGGGGAAGGAGGCGGAAAAGAAGCAAGGGGGGCGGGAACUGGAAGCGGUUCAAAGUUCCCAGCUCUGCCCAGAUCCAUUCACUGCAGCACCCCAGGCAGAGCGGACUUUCCUGGGAACAAGGGCUUGGUGGCCUUCGAGAAGGUGGCUUUGUGUUUCACUGAGGGGGCAGGGGGCUCUGCUGGACCCCGGUCAGAGAGCCCUCCACAGGGAUGUCAUGCAGGAGAACUCUGAGAUGGUGAUCUCGCUGGCAGGUGAUGGGAGGAUGAGUGAGAACAAGGAGGAGAAUUCUCAGCAGGAAGGUGCUGAGGAAGUGGAACUGCACAAAACUUCAUCAGGAAGAUCCAAAGGGAAUUUUUUCCAGAGUCAUAAGCAGGGAAAAGCCUGGGGGAUUCCACGCAAGUCAGAGAAGCAGCCGGGAAACCAGCCAGGAAAGAAAGUGGGUAAAACCACUAAUUGUAAGGGAAGUGGCAAGGAUCUCAAGGAAACCACAGUCCAGCAGAGAAUCCACAGAGAAGGGAGAAAAAACACAUGCACCAAGUGUGGGAAAAGCUUCAGUCGUAGCUCAAACCUUGUUUCCCAUUGGAGAAUCCACACAGGAGAGAGGCCAUAUAAAUGUAUUGAGUGCGGGAAAAGCUUCAAUCAGAGCUCUAACCUUGUUUCCCAUCAGAGAAUUCACACGGGAGAGAGACCCUAUAAAUGUCUGGACUGUGGGGAAAACUUCAACCAGAGCUCAGACCUUAUCACACAUCAGAGACUGCACACGGGAGAGAAACCGUAUAAAUGUAUUAAGUGUGGAAAAACCUUCAAUCAGAGCUCAAACCUUAUUUCACAUCAGCGAAUUCACACACGAGAGAGGCCCUAUAAAUGCCUUGAGUGUGCGGAAAGUUUUGACUGGAGCACCCAACUUAUUAGACACCAGAUAAUCCAUACAGGAGACAGACCCUAUAAAUGCUUGGAUUGUGGGAAAAGCUUCAGUGAUAGCUCAGCCCUUAUUACACAUCAGCGAACCCACACGGGAGAGAAACCCUAUAAAUGCCUCGAGUGCGGGAAGAGCUUCAACCAGAGCUCCACUCUGAUUAGACACAAGAGGACUCACACGGGAGAAAAGCCCUAUAAAUGCUCAGACUGCGGGAAAAGUUUCAAUCAGAGCUCGAACCUAAUUACGCAUCAGAGACUCCACUUAGGAGAGAAACCUUGAAUGUGGAUGAUGCUUCAGUUGGACUUCAAUCAUGUUCGCCAACAGCAAAUUCAGACAGGGAAGAGACCUCUUAAAUGUCCUUAGCGUGGAAAAGAUUUCAGCUGGAGCAAAUGCUAUACUGGACAUCAGCGACUCCAGCAGCAGCUGAACGUAAGCUGUCAGUGGCCCUCUGGUUCUGCCUGGUCUAAGCAAAUCCCAGGCAGAGGAGGAGAAGACCUGGGUAGAGUCCCAGCACCUGGCCUCCAGCCUGAGCCUGAAAGUUUACACUGCAAUUUUAGAGCCCCCCGAGCCUCGCGAGCCUGAGUCAGCUAACAUGGGUCAGCCGCGGUGUCUGAUUGCAAUGUAGACAUACCCUGAGGGUUUGCCAACAUAAAGAAAAGAGGCCAGAGUUUGGUCAGGGAUAGCUGGCACAUUUCCCCCCAACACUGACCAAGCCUCAACCACUUUUCUGAGUCUAGGCCAACGCUGACCAUCUCAUUUAUAUCUGCAGUGUUGUUGUAGCCGAGUCGGUCCCGGGAUAUUAGAGAGACAAGGUGGGUGAGGUAAUAUCUUUUAUUGGACCAACUUCUCCGUCUCAUUUAUAGUGUUCUCUGCAUUAGCGAUGCCUGAGGGAAUUCUACGCCAUUGUGCAAGGGCAGAAUUAAUGUCCCCCGCAGAUUUUUUUCCCCACCUCAGAAUAAUUGAUUGUGACGGGGAGGCGAAGGGAAGUUACGAGAAGAGUCAUGCAAUUACACCUUUUGCCCACCAUGGGGCUGAUGUGGCACUAGGAGAGAGGGCAGCUGGCUCAUGGGCUGGAGCAGCCAGCCACUGAGAGGGAGGAGGCAGAGGCUGCCUUCCUUACAGCACCUUAUCUGUGGGGCUAGGUGAGGAGACACGGGAUAUGGGUGGGACAGACAGCGUGGGGCACACAGGACUGCUGGGGGCUUUCAGAGGCUGGGGUUCAGAAGGGCCAGUGGGGGGACAGAUCGGGGGCACAGGAGCUAGUGGGGUGACAUUGAGCCAGAGGCAAAUUGGGAGUGGGGGUGCAGGGACACAUGGGGACAGGGAAAGAUGUGUCUGACUGAAUGGGAGAGGCUAGGGGUCAGC